GUAGAGAGUGGAGUGGAAGGGACCGCAGUGAGGGAGCAGAGUGCCAAGAUCCCGAAAGCGAGAGGACAAGUCGGACAUUUACCAUCAGAGUAUAGGGACAAUCACAGAACACAAGACCGAUCUGUUAUUGCUUUUAUGUGGAUAUUGAUUUCCUCGUUUUCAAACUGCGCUCCAGACUGGUUCCACUGCGCUUCAUUGAAAUGCGCGCGGUAGCUUCUCCGGACACGUCUGAGAAGCGACACAGCAGAGCAGGGACAGAAAAAGAGGCUCUGCGGUCUUUAAAACUCCUUUCAGAAAUAAAAAUGCCUCUCUUCUAAUGGGACAGAUUUUUUUCCGGACGUCUUGUACAUUCCUGGAGACUUUUACGCAUUUUUGGAGACUUUGUCAGCCGAAGGACAUGGGUGAUGGGACAGGAUAUUUUGGCCAUUAGUAACAGAGGAUAAUACUGUUUAUAAUAUUCUCUACCUAAGUGCACUUGUUUCCCUGCGAUGAUUGUGCUUUUGAUUGUCCUGUGCAUCGCGGAUGGAGUGCUCUCUCAGAUACGCUACUCUGUGCCGGAGGAGGCGGACCAUGGCACCUUGGUGGGGAAUAUCGCCGAGGACCUGGGACUGGACCUUACCAAACUGGCCUCACGCCGUUUCCAGGUGGUGCCCAGCUCUCGCACGCCGUACCUGGAGGUGAACCUGGAGAACGGCGUCCUGUUUGUUAGCGAAAAAAUCGACCGGGAGCAGAUCUGCAGGCAGAGCGCCAGCUGCCAUCUCAACAUGGAGGUGUUCUUGGAGAACCCGCUGGAGCUGUUUCGAGUCGAGAUCGAGGUGGUGGACAUUAACGACAACUCGCCCAGCUUCCCAGAUACAGACAUCACGGUGGAGAUCUCGGAGAGCGCCACUCCCGGCACCCGUUUUCCCCUGGAGAGCGCAUUCGAUCCGGACGUGGGCUCUAACGCUUUGCGCACUUACGAUAUCACCACUAACAACUACUUUUACCUGGAUGUGCAGACCCAAACGGAUGGAAACAAGUUCGCCGAGCUAGUCCUGGAAAAGCCGCUGGACCGGGAGCAGCAAGCGGCCCACAGGUACGUGCUGACCGCGGUGGACGGUGGUCAGCCUCCCCGGACUGGCACCGCGCUGCUGGUGGUCAAAGUGCUGGACUCUAAUGAUAACGUGCCGGUGUUUGACCAGCCCGUGUACACGGUGAGCCUCUCGGAGAACGCACCGGUGGGCAUGCUGGUCCUACAGCUGAACGCCACUGACCUGGACGAGGGACUGAACGGGGAGAUCGUUUAUUCCUUCAGUAACCACAUAUCCAACCGCGUAAAGGACCUGUUCAGCAUCGACCCGCGCACCGGGCGCAUCGAGGUGCGCGCAGAGGUGGAUUUUGAGGAGAGCAGCCUCUAUCAGAUCUUCGUCCAGGCCAAGGAUAUGGGGCCGAACGCCGUGCCCGCGCACUGCAAAGUGCUAGUCAAAGUCACCGACCUGAACGACAACGCACCGGAGAUUACCUUCAGCACCGUCACCGAGUCGGUGAGCGAAAACGCGGCUCCCGGUACCGUCAUUGCGCUGCUGAGCGUGACGGACCGGGACGCGGAGGAGAACGGGCAGAUCCACGUGGAGAUCCUCGGCGACGUCCCGUUCAAAUUAAAAACGUCCUUUAGGAAUUAUUUCACCAUCCUGACCGACGGCCCGCUGAACCGGGAGCAGGCGGACUCCUACUCCGUCACCGUGGUCGCGCGGGAUAAAGGGACGCCCUCGCUCGCUGCCAGUAAGUCCAUCCGAGUUCGGGUGUCGGAUGAGAACGACAACGCGCCCACGUUUACGCAGGCCAUAUAUGAUGUGUAUGUGACAGAGAACAACGUGCCGGGGGCGUACAUACACGCGGUCACGGCUCUGGACCCGGACGUCGGGCAGAACGCGCUCAUCAGCUACUCCAUAUUAGAGUGUGACAUCCAGGGCAUGUCGGUCAAAACCUACGUGUCCAUCAACGAGGAGACAGGCUACCUGUACGCGCUCAGGUCCUUUGAUUAUGAGCAGUUGAAGGAUUUCACCUUCAUGGUCCAGUCCAAAGACGCGGGCGCCCUGGAGCUCUCUUCCAACGCCACGGUCAAAGUCAUCAUCGUGGACCAGAACGACAACGCCCCCGUAGUGCUGGCCCCACUGGGGAAGAACGGCACCGCCAAGGAGCCCCUGCCCCGCUCCGCCGAGCCGGGAUACCUGGUGACCCGCAUCGUGGCCAUGGAUGCGGACGACGGGGAGAACGCCCGGCUGUCAUACAGCAUCCAGAGGGGGAACGAGAACGGCAUGUUUCGGAUGGACUGGAGGACGGGUGAGCUCCGCACAGCGAGGCGGGUGUCGGUCAAGCGCGACCCCCACCAGCUGUACGACCUGCUGAUCGAGGUGAGGGACCACGGUCAGCCGCCGCUUUCCUCCAGCGCCAGCGUGCUGGUGGUGCUGGUGGACAGCGUGGCCGAGGGCCGCGGCGCCGGGGACCACGGAGGCACUGCCAAGGCCAAAGACGGGACCCUGGACCUCACACUCAUCCUCAUCAUCGCCCUGGGCUCCGUCUCCUUCAUCUUCCUAUUGGUCAUGAUCGUGCUGGCCGUGCGCUGCCAGAAGGACAAAAAGCUCAACAUUUACUCCUGCCUGACCAGCGAGUGUUGCCUGGGCUGCAGCGCCUGCUGCUCGCGGCAGGGCCGGGCGCGCAAGAAAAAGCUCAGCAAGUCGGAUAUCAUGCUGGUGCAGAGCGCCGGCAGCGUCAGCGGCGCUGGCACGGCUCAAGUCCCCGUGGAGGAGUCGGGGAGCUUCGGCUCCCACCACCAAAACCAGAACUAUUGCUACCAGGUAUGUCUGACUCCGGAGUCCGCCAAAACCGACCUCAUGUUCCUAAAGCCGUGUAGUCCGACUAGGAGCACAGACACCGAUCACAACCCGUGCGGGGCCAUAGUGACAGGGUACACAGACCAGCAGCCCGACAUCAUAUCAAACGGCAGCAUUUUGUCAAACGAGACCAAACACCAGCGAGCUGAACUCAGCUACCUGGUUGACAGGCCGAGACGUGUCAACAGCUCGGCGUUCCAGGAGGCGGACAUGGUGAGCUCCAAAGACAGCGGCCACGGAGACAGCGAGCAGGGAGACAGCGACCACGACGCCACCAACAGAGGCCAUUCCUCCGGCGCCGAUCUCUUCUCUAACUGCACGGAGGAGUGCAAGGCCCUGGGCCACUCCGACCGCUGCUGGAUGCCCAGCUUCGUGGCCUCCGAUGGGCGCCAGGGCCCGGACUACCGCAGCAACCUCCACGUGCCCGGCAUGGACUCGGUCCCGGACACAGAGGUAUUUGAAACCCCCGAGCAAACGGCUGAUAGGUCAUUCUCCACCUUCGGCAAAGAGACGCCUGUCAGUCACCAACAUCUCCACCUCCACCAAAACCACCAGCACCACCACCUCCUCAAAAACCAUCACCUCAGCCACCAGCAGGGCUCCCUAGAGAGGGAAGAGUUGGAUGCAUUUCCACCCAUUACCCGAGCACCUUAUAACCCGGCUUAUUUAACGAGGAAAAGGGUUUGCUAGCUCCUUCCGCGUGGACGUACCGGAGACAGCGUGAAUUUGCACAAUCACUCCCCCGAUGACCAAGGCUAUAUAUAUAUAUAUAUAUAUAUAUAAGUAUAUAUAAAAAGAGCAUCAUGUUUUUCAACCCAUUUGCCCUCCCGCCCUCAUCCCUCCUCACCCGGCAAGAAUUUAUAACUACACACAGAAUGAGGAAGCAACCCCCUCAAUGGAAUUUCUUUGGAGCUUCGGAGGACACCCCACUCUCGGGAUUAGGAGACAGUCCGACCAAGUGUGUGUUGUGGGAGGGGAGGGGGGGUGAUGGAUGGGUGCAGGCAGGUAGACGGAUAAGCCUUACCGGGAGGACCCCAUUGUCUCAGCGGGACUGAGAAACUGACAGAGGAGGAGGAAGGACAGCGGUGACGGAAGGGAUCAAAGCGGACACCGAUCUCUCCGACCCUUUUCCAAUCUGCGAGUGCCUGUUUACAGUACUGAUGUAUACAUCUUUAGAGGAGGAACAAAAACCAGAUGAAGACUACAUAAGUGUACUGAGAGACAAAUCAAAGCCAGAGCCACCCAGACACCCCCGCCACUGAGCCCUUUAGGCGUUUGUACUCGCAGAGAGACGCCAGAAUUGUACAGGAGAAUCUUUGUGCAUUUCAAAAUGCAAUACCACUGUUUUAGACUUUUCUAUUCUGUUCGUGCGGUCAGGUGUCUCUAUUCCGAUCUACUUGGAAAUUUGUAAGAAAAGAUUGUGGGCAGGAUAUGUUUUAUUUGAUGACUUCUUUUCACUUUCUUUCUUCCUUUUGCUUUGGGUUGGGUUUGUUCCUCACAACGUUUGACCUGCACUCUGAUUCUGAGACGUGGAGUAGUUUUCUAUCAUGUGUGAGAAGUGUUUACUGUACUCUUUUAAAGUUUCGAGCUGAAUAUAAAACUCUAUAUAUAUAAAUCUAUCUAUAUCUACUUGUUCUGAAGGCGUGCUAAUCGUUUGCUGGGUUCCACAUUCUGAUUCAGAGGUCUGACUUGUUGAAGUGCCUCUGAAGGAGGAGCCACACAAAGAGAGACAGAACAGCCUUAGCAGAUGUUAAACUCAAGUUCUCAUUGUUUGACAUUAUGUCACGAUUUUUUUUCCACUUUUGGAUAUUGAUAAAGACCAUGUCUAUAAAUAAAAAAGGAAAUAAUAAUUUAGAUUGAAAUCCAUGGUAAUUCUGUGUCAUUGUAACCAACUUUAAGGGUCCAUUUAUAAAGAAACAACUCAAACAUGGCUAAAUGCAAGCGGUGUUGUACACAAUGCAGUGGAAUGGAGUAUACACACAUUUCUUUCUCACACAUUACGAACACAAACACACCAAUAUGCCAACAAUAAACUGAAGAGAAGUGGUAAAACGG